AUUACUCAAAAUUUGAGAUUCUCCAUUCCAAAGGGUAGAUAUAAUUUUUAACCCUUUUCACAUUUUCUUUGAGUUUUCACCUUUGUACCUUGAUAGAGACAAGUAAUCACCUUCAACUAGCUUUGCAUUUGUCUUCAAAAAAGAAAAAAUGUUUGGCAUUUAUUUAAUACCAAUUCUAUGUAUAUUUGUGCUGUCCUACCAAAAGCUCUGAACACACCACAUAAAAUCAAUUUUAUAACAUGACAAAAAUCAAUUAUGUAGUAGGACUCUCACGUGACAUUUUUUGGUUACAGUCCGUGUUAUAAUUGACCACAAAAUUAUAAAUAUUAUUUGUCCUAUGGUAUUUACCUUUAUAUAAAUGUAGUGUUUUUCUUUUGUUUUGGUGCAAACUCUUCAAAAUUUCCUUUGCUUCACUCUCUAAAUGUCCCUUCUCUUUUAUUCUUCCAAUACUAGAUUGCCAAGUUCUAAUUCCAUAAUUUAUUUACUAGAGUGAACCAAAAGCAGAAUUUGUGGUUCAAGCUGAGAAGAAGCAAGCAUGGCUUUGGAGAACUUCUACAACAUAUUAUUAUCUGGUGUAACAAAGCUAGCAAAUCAUUCUUGGACUACAUGGCAGCCAUUAGUCUCACCAUGCUUCUUGGAACAUAUAACUUUACCUCUAGAAUUUGGCUUCCUUGUGAUUUUCUUAGUCCAACUCCUAAGAAAUUGCAUGAACAACAUCACCAAGCAAAACAAGGCUUCAAAUAUACAUCCAAAUGGCAUGAAAUAUGGUUUUGCUUACAAAAUAAGCUUAGUUUCGACCGCUUUAUUGUUUUCUGUUCAUGCCUUAUUUCUAAUAUUGAUGCUCAAUCAUGAGCCUCAAUGUACAUCAAAACUUAAAGCUUUUACAUCAGAGAUAAUUCAAGUGUUAUCAUGUGGAAUUAUUCUAAUAGCAAUAUGCAAAAUGUCAAAAAAACCAAAUGCUCAUUUCCCUUGGAUUCUAAGAGCUUGGUGGUUUUUUAGUUUCCUUUUGAGCAUUUUCAGCACUACCCUUCAUGUCCAGUUCAGUGUAGAAAACAAGGGUAUUAUUGGUAUAAGAGAAUAUGCAGAUUUUCUUGGUUUGGUUUCUUCAACAUGUCUUUUAGUUAUUUCAACAAGAGGUAAAACAGGUAUAGUUAUCAUUGCAAAAAAUGAUAGUAUAUCUGAACCACUUUUGGAAGAGAAAAAUGAGAAACAUUCUUCUGAGUUUCUAAGAGAAUCGUCGCCGUAUGGAAAAGCUACACUUCUUCAAUUGAUAACUUUUUCAUGGCUGAAUCCAUUGUUUGCAGUAGGGUAUAAGAAACCUAUUCAAUUGGAUGAUAUUCCUGAUGUUGACAUCAAGGACUCAGCUGAAUAUCUAAAUUUCUCUUUUGAUGACAGUAUUAGACAAGUUAAGGAGAAUGAUGGAACUACAAAUCCAUCUAUCUACAAAGCAAUUUAUUUAUUUGCUAGGAAGAAAGCGGCAAUCAACGCACUUUUCGCGAUAAUAAAUGCUUCAGCGUCUUAUGUUGGUCCGUAUUUGAUCACUGACUUUGUGAAUUUCCUGACCGAGAAGGAAAGCCGAGGAGUAAAGAGUGGAUACCUUUUGUCAUUAGGCUUCUUAUGUGCUAAAAUGGUUGAGACCAUAGCUCAAAGGCAAUGGAUAUUCGGUGCUCGACAAUUAGGUCUCCGCCUUAGAGCAGCAUUGAUAUCUCAUAUAUAUAAGAAGGGCUUACAUUUGUCUAGCCGAUCGCGUCAAAGUCAUUCCGGUGGUGAGAUAAUGAACUACAUGAGUGUAGAUGUGCAGAGAAUUACGGAUUUCGUUUGGUAUGUAAAUACAAUAUGGAUGCUGCCGAUACAAAUUUCGUUAGCUGUUUUCAUUUUGCAUACAAAUCUUGGAUUAGGUUCAUUGGCUGCAUUAGCUGCGACGCUAGCAGUUAUGACUUUGAACAUACCCUUAACAAAAAUACAGAAAAGAUACCAAACCAAGAUAAUGGAUGCAAAAGACAACAGAAUGAAAGCAACAUCAGAAAUUCUAAAAAACAUGAGGACUUUGAAACUUCAAUCAUGGGAUAGUGAAUUUUUCAAAAGGAUAGAAUCAUUGAGAAAUGUUGAAUAUGGUUGGUUAUUAAAGUCAUUAAGACAAGCAGCGUUUUCCGCUUUUAUCUUCUGGGGGUCACCUACAUUCAUUUCAGUGAUAACCUUUUGGGCAUGCAUGUUCUUAGGGAUUGAACUGACAGCUGGAAGAGUCUUAUCAGCAUUCGCGACAUUUCGAAUGUUACAAGAUCCUAUCUUUAGUCUACCUGAUUUACUCAAUGUCAUGGCUCAAGGAAAAGUUUCGGUUGAUAGGAUCGCUUCUUUCCUUAAGAAAGAAGAAAUCCAACAUGACGUGAUCGAAUAUGUUUCAAAGGAUAAAACAGAAUUUGAUGUAGUUGUUGAAAGAGGAAGAUUCAGUUGGGAUCCUGAGACAACAAUUCCAACACUUGAUGAAAUUGAGUUGAAAGUUAAGAGAGGAAUGAAGGUUGCAAUUUGUGGUUCUGUCGGUUCCGGAAAAACUAGUAUACUAUCAGGAAUUUUAGGAGAGAUAUAUAAACAAUCAGGGAAUGUUAAGAUUAGUGGAACAAAGGCUUAUGUUCCACAAUCUGCAUGGAUACUUACUGGAAAUAUAAGGGACAAUAUAACUUUUGGAAAAGAGUUUGAUGAAGAUAAGUAUGAAAAAACUGUUGAAGCAUGUGCAUUGAAAAAGGACUUUGAGUUAUUCUCAGGUGGUGAUUUGACUGAGAUCGGCGAAAGAGGGAUUAAUAUGAGUGGUGGACAGAAACAAAGGAUACAAAUAGCUAGAGCAGUUUAUCAGGAUGCUGAUAUAUACCUUUUUGAUGAUCCUUUCAGCGCUGUCGAUGCUCAUACCGGCACUCACCUAUUUAAGGAAUGUCUUAUGGGGAUUCUCAAAGAGAAAACUAUACUUUUUGUUACACACCAAGUUGAGUUUCUUCCAGCAGCAGACCUCAUUCUGGUGAUGCAAAAUGGAAAGAUAGCACAAGCCGGAACAUUUGAAGAACUUCUAAAGCAAAAUAUAGGGUUUGAAUUAUUAGUUGGUGCUCAUAGCAAAGCACUAGAGUCAGUUCUUAUGGUUGGAAACUCAAGUAAAACAAAUUUAAAUCCAAUACCUGAAGGAGAAUGCAUCACCUACUCACACUCAAGUUCUGAACUUUUGCACACACAGCUUGACAAAGUGCAAGAUAAUUCUACAGAUAACAAAGGAAAUAAUGAUGGAAAAUUAGUUCAAGAAGAAGAAAGAGAAACAGGAAGCAUAUCUAAAGAAGUUUAUUGGUCUUAUUUGACAACUGUUAAAGGAGGACUUCUUGUACCAAUCAUAAUAUUGGCACAGUCUUCAUUCCAAAUUCUUCAGAUUGCAAGUAACUAUUGGAUGGCUUGGGUUUGUCCUACAAAAGCUGAUGCUAAGCCAAUAUAUGAUAUGAAUUUCAUAUUACUUAUUUAUAUGGCACUUUCUGUUGCUGGUUCUUUUUGUGUUCUUCUGAGAGCCAUGUUGGUGUUAAAUUGUGGACUUUGGACAGCACAAACCUUUUUCACAAGAAUGUUGCAUAAUGUACAAAGAGCCCCAAUGUCAUUUUUUGAUUCAACCCCAACCGGAAGAAUCUUGAAUAGGGCCUCCACAGAUCAAAGUGUGCUAGACAUGGAAAUGGCAAACAAAAUAGGAUGGUGUGCUUUCUCAGUAAUACAGAUUCUCGGAACUAUUGCAGUGAUGUGUCAGGCGGCGUGGCAAGUAUUUAUCAUCUUCAUUCCAGUAACUGGAAUUUGCAUAUGGUAUCAAAGAUAUUAUAAUCCAACAGCAAGAGAACUGGCUCGGUUAGCACAGAUACAAAUUACUCCAAUUCUCCACCAUUUUUCAGAAUCUUUAGCAGGAGCUGCAUCAAUACGAGCUUUUGACCAAGAACGCCGUUUCAUGAGCACAAAUCUUGUCCUUUUGGAUGGCUUCUCAAGACCAUGGUUUCAUAAUGUGUCUGCAAUGGAAUGGCUUUCUUUCAGAUUGAACUUGCUUUCAAAUUUUGUUUUCGCCUUUUCACUUGUCUUGCUAGUGAGCCUCCCUGAAGGUUUCAUCAAUCCAAGCAUUGCAGGGUUGGCAGUAACAUAUGGAAUCAAUCUAAAUGUUUUGCAAGCUUCAGUUAUAUGGAACAUUUGUAAUGCAGAAAACAAGAUGAUAUCAGUUGAAAGAAUCCUUCAAUAUACAAAUAUAGCAAGUGAAUCACCUCUUGUGAUUGAAGACUGUCGGCCGCCAAGAAACUGGCCCGAAACUGGAACAAUAUGUUUCCAAAAUUUGCAGAUACGCUAUGCUGAAAAUCUCCCAUCUGUGUUGAAAAACAUCACUUGCACGUUUCCUGGAAGGAAGAAAAUCGGUGUUGUAGGACGAACUGGAAGUGGAAAAUCAACUCUCAUACAGGCCAUUUUCAGGAUGGUUGAACCAAGAGAGGGAUGUAUUAUAAUUGACAAUGUGGACAUAUGUGAGAUAGGUCUACAUGACCUAAGGUCAAGGCUCAGCAUUAUCCCACAGGAUCCGGCCUUGUUUGAUGGCACAGUUAGAGGAAACCUGGAUCCUCUAGAGCAAUACUCUGACAGAGAAGUGUGGGAGGCUCUAGAUAAAUGUCAGCUAGGUCACCUAGUGAGGGCCAAGGAAGAUAAGUUGGACUCGCCAGUGGUUGAAAAUGGCGAUAACUGGAGUGCCGGACAAAGGCAAUUAUUUUGCCUCGGAAGAGCCUUGCUGAAGAAAAGCAGCAUAUUAGUACUAGAUGAAGCAACAGCCUCGGUGGAUUCUGCAACUGAUGGAGUGAUACAGGAUAUCAUCUGUGAAGAGUUCAACAACCGAACAGUUGUCACAAUAGCUCAUCGAAUCCACACAGUUAUUGAUAGCGACUUGGUUUUGGUUCUCAGUGAUGGGAGAAUUGCAGAAUAUGAUGAACCAUCAAAGUUACUUGAAAGAGAAGAUUCCUUCUUCUACAAACUUAUAAAGGAGUACUCUAGCAGAUCCCAUAGCUUUAACAACUUGGCAUCUCAACAUGUCCAUGGAUGAUAAUAAUAUUAAUUUAAUGGAGUCCUAAAUAACUACUUCUUUGAUGGGACAAAAAAGGCUCCAAACUGUUUAAGUCACAGCUUCAAUACAGAAAGGAGUACCUUCCUGGUCCCAUCCAUGUGAGACACUUAUGUGAGGAGACAUAGGUUCCAAUUUUGAGCAGGAAAGAGCAAAUUGGGAUGAGAUUGUAAAUAGGGAUGUCUAGUCUCUCAUCUAGUAAACUGUAAUAAGCAGUUCCCUGUAAUCUGUUAAGAAAGUGUAAUCUUAGAGUAUGUUCGUUCUCAGUUAGAGCUCUUCAACGACCAUUCAAAAAGUAAAACCGAAAUAUUAUUAAUUCUUGUUCGAUUUUUACUUGAAUCUUAUUGUAAACUAAGUUUUGCCUCAA